AUGCCACCGGCCCGCCGCGGGAACAAGACAUGGCAACAAUGCCAGACAGAGCGGCAGCGACGGAGUAGGUUAUUGCAAGUGCCUCUGCCAACGCCAGGUCUGACCGUGUCCCAGCAACCAAAUGCGCCUAUUUUUUCCGACGCGGAUGUCGCCGGCCCUCGAACAUGGUCGUCUCGGUGCGUUGCCGCGACCACGAGGCGAGGAAAAUGA